AUGAGUAAAAGUGCAGUACGUGAAGUGAUAUGUAUUCACAUCGGCCAAGCUGGAGUUCAGAUGGGAAACGCCUGUUGGGAACUCUUUGGUCUUGAGCAUGGCAUUCGUCCAGAAGGUGUGUAUUAUCACGGUUUUCAUCCAAUUGACAACUCCUUUCUUACGUUCUACAACGAAACCGGUCAUGGAAAAUUCGUGCCUAGAUCAAUUUUUGUCGACCUGGAACCCACUGUUAUCGACGAAAUUCGCACUGGUUUCUAUAGACAACUAUUUCAUCCUAAUAGCUUGAUAACCGGAAAAGAGGAUGCAGCUAACAAUUUUGCUAGAGGUUUUUAUUCAAUUGGUGAAACAAUGUCCGCGAUUACCCUGGACGAGAUCCGCAAAAUUGCCGAUACUUGUGAAAUGCUUCAGGGUUUCCUGAUUUUUCAUUCUCUUGGGGGAGGAACCGGGUCUGGAUUUUGCUCCCUUUUAAUGCAGCGUCUCUCAGAAGACUAUUCAAAGCGAACUAAAAUCGAAAUGUGCGCAUAUCCGGCUCCUAGGUUAGCUUCUUCUCCUCUAGAACCUUACAAUGCAGUUUUAACAACUCACGCUUGUAUUGAGCAUUCCGAUGUUUGUUUCCUGAUGGACAAUGAAGCUGUGUGGGAUAUCUGCCGUCGAAAUCUUGAUAUUAGGCGCCCAACAUUUACUAAUAUAAAUCGAAUUCUUGCUCAAGUGAUCUCUUCAUUAACAGCAGCGCUAAGAUUUGAUGGUCAAUUGAACGGAGACUUAUCCGAAUUCCAAACCAAUCUAGUCCCUUACCCAAGAAUUCACUUCCCACUAGUAACAUUUGCUCCAAUCGUCGCUGCAGAAAAGGCCUCACAUGAGGCUAAUACGGUUGAACAGAUAACCAAAGCCUGUUUCGAACCUGCAAAUUCAUUUGUGAAAGUUGAUCCAAGAUUAGGGAAAUACAUGUCAGUUUGUCUUUUAUAUCGUGGAGACGUAGAUCCAGCUACAGUAAAUUCUGUCGUAUCAUCAGUUAAAUCGUCAAAAUCGAUUCGGUUUGUUGAUUGGAGUCCGACAGGCUUCAAAGUUGAUAUCAAUAAUCAACCAACAUUAUCGGUUCCUGGAAGUGAGUUAGCCAGGGUGAUGAGAUCUUGCUGUAUGCUUGCAAAUAGUACUGUGGUAGGAGAGGCUUUCGUAAGAAUUGAUAGGAAAUUUGAUAUCAUGUUUAAGAAACACUGUUUCGUUCAUUGGUAUGUUGGUGAAGGAAUGGAAGAAGAAAAUUUCAUCAUUUCACGACAAGAUCUUGCAGCGCUUGAACAAGACUAUAAAGAAGUUGGAUACGAUACGCUUACAUGA